AGCUUAGCGCACAACUUUGCAGAGUUCCGUGGCAGAGCUGAACGAGACACACGGGACUGGUGUGGAGACUUUUGAAAGACUUUACUUGACCAGAGUUUGAGCUCUCUGAACUUUUGACUGACUUCAUUUUUUUUUUGCGAGGCUCUUGAAAUUUCAACGAUUUCUUUCGAGUGCUUGGCACCACUUUCAAGAAUGUAUAACAUGAUGGAAACCGAGAUUAAAAGCCCCAUUCCGCAGUCCAACACGGGCUCGGUGACGGGCGGCAAAAACAACAGUGCCAACGACCAGGACCGGGUGAAGCGGCCUAUGAAUGCUUUCAUGGUGUGGUCUCGCGGGCAGCGGAGGAAGAUGGCUCAGGAGAAUCCUAAAAUGCACAACUCGGAGAUCAGCAAGCGCCUCGGUGCUGACUGGAAACUUUUGACUGACGCCGAGAAGAGACCCUUCAUUGACGAGGCCAAGCGGUUACGAGCCAUGCACAUGAAGGAGCACCCGGAUUACAAAUACCGUCCCCGCAGGAAGACCAAGACCCUGCUGAAAAAAGACAAGUAUUCCUUGCCAGGAGGACUUCUGGCGCCCGGUGCCAACGCUGUCAACAACGCGGUGUCGGUGGGCCAGCGGAUGGACUACACGCACAUGAACGGAUGGACGAACAGCGCGUACUCCCUCAUGCAGGACCAACUGGCCUACCCUCAGCAUCCCAGCAUGAACAGCCCCCAGAUUCAGCAGAUGCACCGGUACGACAUGGCGGGACUUCAGUACCCAAUGAUGUCCACGGCUCAGACCUACAUGAACGCUGCGUCCACGUACAGCAGUAUGUCACCGGCAUACACGCAGCAAACUUCCAGUGCAAUGGGUUUGGGCUCCAUGGCUUCGGUGUGCAAGACGGAGCCCAGCUCCCCUCCUCCGGCCAUAACUUCUCACUCUCAGCGUGCUUGUUUGGGAGACCUGAGGGAUAUGAUAAGCAUGUACCUGCCGCCCGGUGGAGACAGCGCCGACCACUCCAGUCUACAGACCAGUCGGUUACACAGCGUUCAUCCGCACUAUCAAAGCGCAGGGACUGGCGUGAACGGAACGCUACCCCUAACCCACAUUUGAAAGACUCCUUGAAAAAAAGACUAAGUACUUCGGAUACUUGAACAUUUUGAUUUGCAAAAAAAGAAUCGAAGUUCAGUUUCGUUUUUAAAAAAAAGAAACUAUUUUUAAUCUCAAUGAGUUGUCCGUUUUAAAGCAUUUUAUGACGACAUAUCGGGGACUUCAGAUUAAAUUGUAUUGCAGAGGAGCUUUUUAUUCAUAAGCUGUAAAGCAAUCAACGUCUGUAGAAGAAUAUUGGACUUCUGACUUAUUUGCCGUCAAAGAGUUUGUCUCUCGGCACGUGGCUUCGUGAAGAGGCUCUAUUUCAAAAACAAAAAAGAGAAACGGAGGAAGAGUAUGUUCACUCAUAAAUGUUUACACUUAUUUUUAGAAUGUCGAUUAUGUCCAAAUCUGUGUAGUCCUUUUGUUGUUCAUUUAUGAACUAGGUUUUAUGAAAUGAAAGACUGUGCUGGUCGCAAGCGCAAAGUUUGUUUUAUUUAUAGUGAGUUGUUUUUUUAAAGCUUGUGAACCAUUGUACGUCUUGUUGAAAUGUUCCACUUUUGUUUGUGAAUAUUCUUUUCUGUGAUGUUAUGGCAGUAUCAGGUUAACCCAUUAUCUGGGACGGAGAGUUUUAUUUAAACUGACGUUUCUACUUAAGACCAUCCUAUUCCUAAAUGAAUAAAUUUGUUUUACAAAAGA